GAAAAAUUGGUUGAACGGGAGGACAGUGAUAACACAGAACCGUGUACUGCUCUUUUCUUUCUCUAUAUGCAGUAGCAUUUACAACUUCUUUGCCACCAUUGAAACAGAAUAAUUAAUGGUUGACGCGCAACCGGAUGCUUCCUGUUGGCGUCUUGUUUAUCAGAAAAUAGAGUCGGCCAUUUUAUAUUCUUUCUUUCAUUUUUUUUUUUUUAAACGAGUAACUAACUGGAUGUUGUAAAUUAAUACUACUAGUUUGAGGAACAUAUGAAAGCACAAUUCUGUUAUGAAGGGUCUCAUAAGAAGGCUGGAAUAGAAGAAACUACUGGAGUUUUCAGCAUUUAUACAUUGAUGUUUUCACCAUUAACCACUUACCAUUUCACAGUUUAAGAAUACCUUUAAUCAUGGAGGACUAAACUUCAUAAAAAGGGGUGCCGCGGUUCAGGGAGAGAGUUCUGAAUUAAUAUGGCAUCUUAACAAAGGUGCUGGGCAAGGGGAAACCAGUGUUUUUAUUUGUUACACCAUCAAACCAUUAGUCUAAUGUUAAGUCAUCCGCAUGAAUGUAGUUCUUUCUUAAAAAUGGAUAACGCUAACAUUACACAACUAAAUAUGAAGGAGAGCGCUAAAAGCAGGAGCUAUUUAUUUAAACCUUGUAACUUAAAAUCAGACAUCAGUGUUUGGUCAUCAAACGGACCAGGUUGACCACAAGAAGGGACUGCUGUUGAUCAGUUUUUUUUUUUUUAUAUUCAUGUUUAGUUUGCAGGCUUUAUUACAGCAUAACAGAACGUGACCUGUUUCGUUGGUUGCUGUAGGUAGCAUGGCUGGCCUGGCAAACCCAAAGUGGCGCCAGUGCUCGCCAACAUGCAGUGUUUUAGGAGCCUUUGUUAUUUUUUUAAAAUAAAGAGAAUGAGUAUGUUUAUUAACAUCCAUGCUUUUGUUAAUCACGCAUCUACGCAGUAAAACAGACAGCUGUUGGUUUUUUUAGUUACUACAUGGUGUGUAGUGUCUUACAAAGGAGAAAAACAUACAGUUUGGAUUGUUUUUGCUCCUGGAACCAUAGUCUUAUGAAGAUCAUAACUUGUGGCAUCUCAUUUGUUUGCAGUUACUAAUGCUUUUUUUUUUUUUUUUUUGGACAUACUUUUAUUUGUUUUUAAUAUACAUUAAAAAGCUCAAAAGCGUGUUCUGGGGUUUAUAAUCGCCCCCUACAUUCAUGCUGUUAUUCUAGUCUUUGUCUCUGGGUUUCCCUGUAAUUCAAAACUCUCUCCCUGAAAUGGGCACCCCUUUUUUUUACCUUCUCAAAAUGGAGAUACUAAAAAGCAACACAUUCUUUAUGAACUUAAUGCGCAACAAUGCCCCAGUGGACCUGCGCUAUGACCAUUCCUCUGAACUCUUUCGUAUGUCUACCUUCGCCAAAUUCCCUGCCAGCGGUGCCGUGUUGGAGAGGAGUCUUGCGAGAGCUGGCUUUUAUUACACUGGGGUGGGAGACCGUGUUCAGUGCUUCUGCUGCAAAGUGACAGUGGAGAACUGGCAGGCAGGAGAAUGCCCUGCUGAAAGGCAUAAGCGCCAGUCUCCCGACUGCCCUUUUGUUCAGGGGCUGGCCUCAAGCUCCAGCCUCCUGUCUUCCUCGCACUCCGCUUUCUCCCCUCCUCUUCAAAGCCUCCUGCUCUCUCAGAUCUCUAACUCGACUGCCCCCGCGCUUAUUGAGCAGCCAGUGGGUUAUUUCAGCAACCGCUUCACCAGCAUCCCUCCCAGCCCCUUGUCCUCUCAUGGCGUGGAGGAUGUGUGUCAACAACGCCCGGCCACCUCUCAGCACCCCAGGAUGCGCCGUGAGCAAGAUCGCCUGGACACCUUCACGAACUGGCCCCUGGCUAAUAUCACCCCCUCGGAGCUGGCCAAGGCAGGAUUCUUCUACCUGGGACAGGGUGAUAGGGUGGCGUGCUUCUCUUGCGGUGGAAAUCUAAGCAAUUGGGAGCCAGGAGACAGGGCCAUGUCAGAGCACCAGAGGCACUACCCCUCCUGCCGUUUUGCGAGGGGUGAUGGAACCGAUAACAUUCCCCUUCCGGCAUCCAUCAUCACCUCCCUCAAUGUGUCCAAUCCUGUCAUGCAGCUGUGCGAGGAAAGACUGCUCACGUUUGUCAACUGGCCGACAAGGAUUCCUGUGCGACCUGAUCAGCUGGCCAAAGCUGGCUUUUAUUACGUGGGUCGAAAUGAUGAUGUGAAGUGCUUCUGCUGCGACGGUGGAUUGAGGUGCUGGGAGUCAGGUGACGACCCAUGGGUGGAGCAUGCAAAAUGGUUUCCAAGAUGUGAGUAUCUUCUGCAGGAAAAGGGUCAAGAUUUCGUCCAUCAGAUUCAGGCCAGGUUCCCACGUCUCUUUGAGCAGUUGUUGGCAAACGGGGACCAGAGUUCUCGUGAAUUUUCUGAUCCAGCAGUGGUUCACCUUGGGCUCGGAGAGGUGAGGUCUGAGGAUGCAGUCAUGAUGAACACCCCAGUGGUGAAGGCAGCUCUGGAUAUUGGGUUUGACCGAAAUCUUGUGAAGCAAACGGUCCAGAGCAAAAUACUGAGCACGGGCGAAAACUACAAAACCGUCCAGGAACUCGUAACUGAUCUCCUCAACGCUGAAGACGAGAAAAGAGAAGAAGAAAAAGAGAGACUUGCAGAGGAAAUGGCUUCAGAUGGCUUUACCUUUCUAAAGAGGCAUCGUCUUGUCUUGACUCAGCGACUUAAAAGCGUCAAAAGUCUGAUGGAUCAUUUACGAGAGCAGUCUGAAAUAACCCAAAAAGAAUAUGACAUGAUCAUCAGCAACUCGUCAGUCAAACAGCAGACUGCUCAGCUCCUUGACGUAGUCCUUUCCAAAGGGAAUGCUCCUGCUGAAGUGUUUAAAAACUGGAUCCAAAAGAAUGAUAUCUACUUAUUAAGAGACUUAAUGGCGCAACCAAAUGAGGACUCUCCCAGUCAAGAUCUGUCAGACAUGACCAUGGAAGAACAGUUGCGGAGGCUGCAAGAGGAACGCACCUGCAAAGUGUGCAUGGACAAGGAAGUCAACAUUGUAUUCAUCCCCUGUGGGCACUUGGUAGUCUGCAAAGAAUGUGCCCCUUCCCUACGCAAGUGUCCUAUCUGCAGAGGCAUGGUGAAGGGCACUGUGCGCACAUUCCUGUCCUAGUCAGUUUUAAAGGAGUCCUUGCUUCUAGUUCAAAUAUUCAACCUUAUUGUAAAGCAUGAGAGCAGUGCUUCUGGCUAAUGGAGUGAAUGUAGUUUUAUGAGUACACAGCCCUCUGUAGUUUGAUUCACCUCAGCCAGAUAGAAGUGUGAUUGGAAGAUGUUGUUCUAACAAUGGGCUUAAUCUUUUAUUCUGCAAAACUGCAGAUGUUUUGGGGGGUGGAGGAUUAAAACAAUAAGACCGUAAUGCUGGUAUGCUAAUGAGCAGAAAAAAGGGGAUUUUUAGAGCCUUUGCUAUGACACACUAUCUGCCAAACAAGAAGUCCAUUAUACAUGUCGUAGGUGGUUUGGGGAUGUCAUUAACCCUCUAUAAAUAAUUAACAAUUACAAUUAACCUUGAAAUGUGCAGGUCAGUGUUGCAUUUUGUAUGACAGUGGGCUGUUAGAAGGUUGCACAAAACAUGACAUGUUACCAGGGGGCUGUUCGCAUAACCAUUCUGUAGAAUAGCAUUUGUGGCAAAUAAUACAGGCUACUGUAUGCUGAAACGUGCAGAUUUAAAUAGGUAUAAAUAAAAAAAUUCUAGCUUUAACUUCAUAUAGAUGCAUGCAAUUUUUGAACACUUUUGUACAGCCUGUCUCAAAUUUGCAUAUGCAAAUAUGGUGUGCAUCAUAUAUUUACAAGAAACAAGAUUUAGCAUUUAUUAAAAGAAUAACCACUCUCUGCAAGGUGCACAGUUAAUAUGUCUUAGGUGACACGAAUACGCAUUUUCAGAUAGACCUUGGUAUUUGUUCUGAUCUACUCUGUCUGUUUUGCUGCCAUAUUUCCAGGCAUUUAGGUCUUGUAUCUAUUAAAAAAAGCACUGACCUCAGAAUAGCUAUUAAAAACAGAACAGAGUCCUUUAAAAUCAGAGCUGCCCACACUCCUAGGCUGUCAGGUACACUGGAGAACAUCAUUGAGCUUGUCUGAACACUUUUUUUAAGUGGGUUUGGUACAGGUUUUAUUUCUGACUAUUGUUAUCCCUGGUAAUGUACAUGUCUGUACAGGUAAUUGGCUUCCUGGAAUAUGAUGCACAAUACGAAACCUGCAGAUUGGUGACAAGUAUGGUGUGAUUUCAUGCAAAACUGAUUACAAAUUGCGGAGGUGCAUUUUGUUUCAUUGCCUGAUUAUUCAGUUCUGUACUGGAUUUUUGUGGGGGUCUUUUUGCGUGUGUGUGUGUGUUUUUUUUUUUUUUAAUUAGUCAGUUUGCCUAACCUAUCUAAUUUUUAAAUAUGCGUGUGUUUCAAGGUUUGAUUCCAUUUGUUGGUGGAAACAAGCACUGGAAACACAUGCUGUGGGGGGCGGGGUUUAAACAAGAUGCUGAUCUUUGGAAAGUAGGCUAGGAAAUUCCAAGCACCGCAAAACCCUGACACCGCCUGUCUGGUCUGAGCUUCACUGAGCAUGUGCAGCUUGCCAUCUGGUGGCCGUGUCUGGCGUAGCUGUAUAUGAGUAUUUAAAUAAAUCUCUGUUUUUGAUCAA